AAAUAAGAGAAAACCCGUUAGGCUUUUUCUUGUUUCUUUUUUCAUCUCUCUCGAAUUACGUCAUUUGAAGGUUUCCAUUGGAAACUAGAAAAUAAGAUCGAUAUUAUUUUGCUUUCUUCCAAAAUUACCUUUCGUUUCUCUUACUUUUCUCUUUCUUCUCUUACAAUCUAGUUUCUUUCUCUUUCUUUCUCUGCCUCUCUUUUUCUUUCUUUCUUUCUUUCUUUUAUUUCUAUUAGACGUCAUACUUAUGUUCACGUCACUUGUGACGAAAUGUUUCCUAUUAUAACAGAUUCUACUUUUUUUCAUUCUUAUUCCUCUUUCUACGUAAUAUCAUCAAUUUAAUCAACAUCAUCAUCAACAUGAAGAUGAGAAUGAUGAUGAUGAUGAUGAUGUAGACUAAGAGCAUCAUAGUUUUUUGUUGUGAGUAAACUCAGUGAGUUUAUUUGAGUGAGUAAAACGAGUGAGAAACAUUGAGUUUAGUUAACAUUGGAGUCUUGUCAUUCCUCAGAAACCAUGUGAAUAUCAAACUGAACACUUGAAACCCAAAACAAUUAACCAGAAAAAGAUUUCAUUUUAUUUCUACAAUUUAAAUUAUCUUUUAAUUGUGAUCUUUUCUCAUUGUUAUCAACUUGUUGAUCUGUUAAUUUAUUUUUCGUGAAAGUUUAAGAAAAUUGUUACAAUUAAUCGACUUGUCUUGUUAUUUGGAGAAAUAUUGAUAAUUCCAUUGGAUUCUAGUUCUGUUUUCUUCGUUCUCUCAUCAUCAUAAUCUCAUAUUUUCUUCUCUUCUAUUCUAUUCGGUUCUAUUCUAUUCUCUUGUCUUGCCUUUUCGAAUAUUGUUCAAAUUCUCAUUCGAAAUUAAAUUAGUGACAUUCUAUUCCAGUGACAACCAUAACAUUGAACAGUGGAAAGAAUCUAUCAAAGUUCCUUUGGAUUACUAAGGAACUGAUUGGAUUUGAUUAGAAUUGUAUUUGGAUUAAAAAUCAAAUUCAUCAAGAGGAUAAUCAACAAUCGUUUUCAUCACCACAAUCUACAUCAUUAGCAACAUAAUAAUCACCAUUGAAUUAUCAUCAUCGUCGUCAUCAAAAUCAUUUCAGUAGGAAUCAAAUAACAACAAUAACGUAUCAAUAUUUGUAACAAUAAUUUGGAUCGUGUUAAUCUGAACGGAAUCAAUUUAAUUAGACCUUUGAUUGGGUCAUGCAGUAACAAUAUGCUUUGUAUCCAUCAAAAUCAGAGCUCUUCAUUCAACGGACCAAUUUCUCACUCAUCGUCAUCAUCUUCUUCUUCUUCGUCAGUAACAAAUCUUGAUUUGUUUAAUCAAUUUAAUUGCGACGAAGAUUUUCAAGACAUUAACUUGGCUGAUUUUUCAAUUGAUGUACCUUUGGACGAUUCCCUUGAUCAAAUGUUCAACAAUCAACAAUCAACAUUUGAUUCAAUUGGACUUUCAUCUGGUUACUCUACACCAAGCUCAUCAUCACUUUCAACCACAACCACCAAUAACACAACCACAACACCGACACCUACAUCAACUCCAACACCCAUUGAAUUAGCAAUACAAUUAAAUUUACAACAACAAAGAUCAUCAUCUGGUCUCAGUUUUACCGAGAACACCAAUAUCAAUAAUCAAUCAGUUAAUCUUAAUAACAAUAAUAACAAUCAAUGUAAUGAGAGUAACAAUUUACUCUUAAACAAUAAUCAAGUACCUUUGAUUGGAUCAACUGAAACAUCAUUAAGCUCAACACCAACUACACCAACUUCAGCAACUUUACCAAGUUUCAUGGAGAUUUAUUCACCAAGAAAUUUUCCACCACAAUCAACAUCAUCACAAUCGUUACAACAACAGCAACAACAACAACAACAACAACAAUCAGAGUCACAAUCAGGAUUAAACUCUAUCACUGAUGAUGGUUCAUCAUUUUUUAAAUUUGAUGAAAUUGGUGAUUUAAAUGAUGAAGAUACAUCAUUAUCAACAGUUUCAUUUGGAUCUGUAUCAUUACAAAAAUCUGGUCAAGCAUCAGGUUCAUUGGUUGAUUUGUCAUUUGUAAAACAGGAAGAUAUUGAUGACGAUCUUGACUUGGAUUCAAUACCUUUACCGAUACAAACAAUUAAUCAACAAAAGUAUCAUCAGCAUCAACAACAUCAUCAUAGAUCUCAACAAUUUAACCAAUCAUCUCAUCACCAAGAUAUCAAUACAUACGGAAGUUCAAGCGUUGCUUCUAGUCCAAGUUACUUGUCAUCAACAAGAUCAACACCAAACCCAGAACUCUGUCAACCACAACAACAACAAUACCAACAAUCAAUUCAUCAACAGCAUCAGCAUCAUCACCAUCCAAAUGCGCAAUCACAACUACGUCAAUUACAACAACAAUUACUUUCACAACAACAACAGCAAUAUCAAAAUGAUGGCAUCAAUGUAUCAGGUGCUUCACCGGCAUCAAUUAAUUUCACAUAUAAACAUAAUAUUGACCAAUGUUGUGCUAGUCCAUGUUCAUCAAUAGAUAAUCAAUAUCGUCAUCAUCAUCACCAUCAACAUCAUCAACAUGUACAACAAUCAUCACAAAUGUCAUCAAUUCCUGAAUCACCAUUUCAACCUAUUGGAUCCCCACUUACACCAAAUGAUAAUAUUAUUAAUCCAGGAUCUAAUCACUUACCGACAUCAGCUGAACAUAUAAUCAGAGAUUCUGUUGAUCAACUGAGAUCAUCUCUAUCAUCUCUUAUUACUUCAAGUAAUAUCCAUGGGUCAUCAUCAUUGAGAACUAGUUCUAAUCGGUCUUCUCCGACCGAUUUAAUUCAAAUUUCUGGUUCCAAAUGUUCAAAAGCAUCAACAUCAACUGGUAAAGAAACUUUAUCAACCUUCAAUUCAUCCUCAUCACUUUCAUCAACUCCAAUAACAAUAACACCAAGCGGAGCAUCAUCACCAGUAUCAAUUGGCCAUCAUCAUCAGCACCAGUCUCACCAUCAAGAGCAACAACAACAACAAUUGAAUACAUUGUGUGCAGUUUGUGGUGAUAAUGCUGCUUGUCAACAUUAUGGUGUGAGAACCUGUGAAGGUUGUAAAGGAUUCUUCAAGAGAACUGUUCAAAAAGGCUCGAAAUAUGUUUGUUUAGGGUCUAAGGAUUGUCCAGUUGACAAGCGUCGACGAAAUCGAUGUCAAUUUUGUCGAUUUCAAAAGUGUUUAGCCGUCGGAAUGGUAAAAGAAGUGGUACGAACUGAUAAUCUAAAAGGUCGUCGAGGUAGAUUACCAUCUAAACCAAAGUCUCCACAAGAAUCACCACCAUCACCUCCGAUUAGUACAAUUACAGCUUUGGUUCGAGCUCAUGUAGACACUUGUCCUGAUAUUUCAAAUCUCGAUCUAAGUCAAUAUUGUGAAAUUGAUGAAUCCUGUUUAUCACUUAUCGAAUCCUCUCCAGCUUAUCAUCAACAAUUCGUUGACCUUAUAAACACCUCAACAGAUCCAAUUCGUACCUUUGCUGAGAAAAUACCUGGAUUUAAUGAUCUCAAUAAACAUGAUCAAGAUCUUCUCUUUUAUUCAUCUUGUCUUGAGAUAAUUGCACUUCGAAUUGCUUACCAAAAUAAACCAGGAUCCAAGAAGAUUAUUUUACCCAAUGGUGUUGUGCUUCAUCGUAAUCAAGUUAAAUUACUUUUCGGUUCUUGGUUUAACAAUCUAGAAAUGUUUUCAUCUCGAUUUGCUCAAAUAGAUAUCGACAUAUCAGCAUUUGCUUGUCUCUUAGGCCUCUCGUUAAUCACAGUUCGUCAUGGACUCGUUGAUCCAAUUCGAGUUGAAGGUUUACAAAUGAAAAUCAUUGAAUCUCUCCGAGAUCAUGUUACUUAUAAUGCUGAAGCCCAAAAGAAAUCACAUUAUUUUUCAUCAAUUUUAUCUAAAUUACCUGAUUUACGAUCACUAUCAAUGGAUGGAUUAACUCAUUUACAUGAAAUUAAAUUGGAAUCCAUAGUCACUAUUCCGGAAUCAAUAUCAAGACUACUGAACAAUAUUGCUUAUUACUGACGAUUGAGUGAUUCCAGAAUAAUACAAUCCAUUAAUCAUCAUUUAAGCAAAUAACUAAUUAAUCAUCUAGCAUCAAAAUCUUUUAAUGAUUUAUUAUCUGAAAGUUGACUUUUAUUUUCCCUCUCUUUUUCUGAUCAGUUUUCUUAUACACAAGUCGCCAUCUUUGAUUUAAUGUUAUCAACCAAUAUUGUCAAUUGUUAUUUACAAAAAAAAUUCAAUUGAAAAUUUAACGAUUUACAAGACCAUCAUCACUAUUAAUUACCACAAGAUUAUUAACAAUUCACCAUUAAUGCCAAAUUCUGUUAAUUAUUUUCCUAAAAAGACAAUCAACCCAAUCAGCUAUGUCAACCUUUUAAUCAAAUCUCAUGUCAACUUUUCUUGAACAAUCAGGAAUCUACCUCAUCCCUAAUUGUGUAAUCAUCACUCUGACGUAUGAACUCAACACACAAUCAAAAGUUUCAUCAAUUUGAUUUCAUCUUAGAAUAAUUGAAGAAAAAGAUUCUAAUUGUAAAUCGCCUUCAAUGGAAAUCAAAGCUCAAUCUUGAUUGUAAAUUGAAGUUAAAUCUUCAAUCUCUAAUACCUGAAGUUUAUGAAAUCAGUGUCAUGGAUUAACAAUUUGAUUUAAUCUAAGUGAUAUCAACAAUUAACCUCCACCAUAAUCUCACCGACAGUACAAUCAUUAAACGGGAUAUACAAUAUGAUGUAACCGUGAUUCCAAUUGGUGGCAACAAUUAAGGAAUUGAUAGAAAUGUUUUCAUAACAAUCAACAUGAUCAACAAACUCCCGGAUGUAAUAAUUAAGUGUUGAUUAUUGAAGAAGACAAGAUAACCUAAAGGAAGACAAUUGACGAAAAAAAAAGAAAGAGAAGAUGAAAAGCCUUACCAAUAUUUAUCUUCAUGUUAAUUUUUCUUCAUCAAUUCUGUUAAUUAAUAAUCUUAAUUAUUAACAGUUAACAAGUUAUUUAUCUCUUCCCCUCAACUCCUCUUGUUAUACAACUAAAUCACCAACGUUUGUAAACAUUUAA